AUGUUUCCAUAUCUAUCAAAAUGUCAAAAAUAUUUUGAUCUACCCUUCUCACCGUUCUUAUCGACCACGCCACCAUCAGCUGGAACGCAACUGGAAAAAUCAAGUUUAUCGGAAACUUAUCUGACAAAACUACCCAAGAAACAGCAAGAAAUUAUAGAAAAAUUAAGGUCUAAUGGCACAACACCUCUUGGUGGUGGCACCAAUAUAUCAGCUGAAGUGGCAAAAGCAGUUGCAGAAGCCUUGAAAACAAACCAGACAUUAACAACUCUUUAUAUGUGGAACAACAAUGUAUCAAAUGAAGGGGUAAAAACAGUUGCAGAGGCCGUGAAAAAGAAUAAGAUGUGUGACGUGAAUUAUUAG